AUGGAAGGCUUUGACCAAUCAACGCCUCAAGAUAUACAAGUGGCCGAACAUCUGAUGUCUGGAGGUCCAGUGAACUCAUCGGACUUUUGUUUAUUCGCAGGCGUGGAACCCGUCUCAUUUGACUUCCAGUGUGAGCUCGACGGUAUGUAUAUUGGGACAGGCGAUGAUUACUGUAAGGGAAUAUCAGCUAGUCCAGGUCCAUUUGAUUACUUUGGCACAACAAUAAAUAGCCUACCGGGACAACCGGAGAUCAAGUCUUUACCUUUCGUCGGAGAACGUGAAUCGUAUCCCCCACUGGAGGGGGGUUUGUCAGAGUCUUACUUUUCACCUCCAGAUUCCUGCACGUCAAGAAACCUAUGUCCAUGCGCUAGUCUACUAUUCGAUGUUUUGCAAGAAAUGUACCGUGCUGAGGCCACAUGUCGAUUGGAAAGGGGCUCUGGCUUGCCAUCAAAUGACCACAUCCUGAAGAUCAACCGCACGGCAGCUCAAACCCUUGAUCAGCUUCUAUCUCGGGACUGUACCGACUGCCUCGAAGACACCAGCAUUCUUUUCCUGAUUGUAACCACGAUGUCCAAGGCCUUGUCGUGGUACCGAGCGGUGUUCGAUCGCAUCGAUAAGCACUCACCCGCCAAGAGCCCUGUUAACCUCAUGGAACCUUCACCUGUUACACCCAUAUAUUUCGGUGACUUCGAGCUUGAUAUUGUUGCCGAGCAGCGUAUCACAGCUCAGGUCUUGUUCUAUGAGCUUGGGUAUAUUAGCAAAGUUCUGUGCUUGAUACAAGAGAGUGCGCUUGGAAGAAUGCACAAUGGGCGAGAACCGAUAAGCACUCUUUUUGGGGCUAUUUCUCACUUUCUAUCAUCAACAUUGAACGAUCUAACAUAUAAGGUGGACGAACUUUGCGCCUCUAAAUUGGCGCCCACCGAUGGUGCAUAUGCCGCUAGGCAGUGUUGA